AUGGAUUGCUUCAAGCGGGUGCAUUUCAAACGGGUCUUGGUGGUACCAUUCUCCAUAGAAUUCAGAAAAGAAGGUCUCAUCUAUGUUUUCUUCUUCUUCUGGUUCAUCUUCUAUCUUGGAGUAUCUGAUAAUUUUUGUGCUCCUUUGUCAUAA